UGUUUAGUCGUAGUUAGCCCAUUUUAGGCAUUUUUUGUGCAGACGAUGCGUGAUUUUAUAGUGUUCUGAACAAAUAACUGUGAAGAAUUAUCUUUUUUUUUACGAAAUUUUAAAUAGGUGGAGAAACUAAAAUUAAUUUUCAAGUUUUUAUGUUUCUAGUCUGCAGUAAAGAUGUUCAGUGGUCAAACAGCUUGGUUUUCGAAAAGUGUCAGUAGACGGAAAAAGAAACUCUGGAGUGACAAUGGAGGGGAAAUCUGUGGUGCUGAUAAAGCUCAGUUCAUUUUCAGCCAGGAUCCAACAGCACAAGACACUGAAAGUAUAUUUGACAGUGAAUCCUACCUUGAUGAGCACUUGGCUGUCUUCCAUCCAAACUUUGUCUGUGAAUGUAUAAAGAGAGGAGGAUUGAAGGUAGAUCUGCUAGGCCAGUACUUCUUUCCACCUAAAGAUGUCCAGGAAUUAGCUCGUUAUCAGAUGCAGUAUAAGUGGGACCAGGAUGGGCACACAUCGGAUGGAGACAGUUACAAAUCUGAGUCAGAUGAUGAGCAUCCAUUUCAACAGCCUACUCAGCCAGCAACAAAACGAAAGUCUACAUCUCCAAGCAAGUCACCUCACAAAAAGUUAAAUACAGCAAAUAUUGUUAAACAAAAAGACCCCAAACCAGGAACAUCACACCAGAAUCGUAAUGAGGCUGUUAAUGAAACUUCGAAAGAUAUUGAAAAGUUACCUAUACAAACAAGGGCGAGGCGAAAAAGUGAAAGAAUUGUUCAGAACAAGUCUCUGAAUGUGUCGAAUAACAGUCAAACUGUAAUGAAUUCUCCAUCAAAGAAGCAGAGUGUGCAGGUGUCACCUAACAAGGUACAUAAAUCUUCUAAACCGGCAACAGAUCAGAACAAAGGAAAAAGACCAACUGAUCAGGAAGAACACUUACGGCUAGAGGACCUUGCCAAAGUUUCAGGAGACUUGGAAGAUUUCAUUGUGGGACAGAAUGGAUGUGAACUUGUCAUGUUGAACUAGCUUUAGGGUCAUGUGAAGAAAUGUCAAUGGCAUUUUGUAAUGACAAUGUUAGUAAAUAACUAUAUCUGGCAUUGUAAUAAACUGAAUCAAUAUGACUUUUAUUUCAGCAAUAAUGGUUCAAAUAAAUUGUUUUUUGAGAAUGAUCUGUUCUAUGUACAAAAGUUACA